GGGAGGAUGGGCCAAGGCAGGCACACAGUGCCGGAGAAGAUGCCCUCCUGGGCCCUCUUGGUGGUCACCUCCUGCCUCCUCCUGGCUCCCCCAAACCUGGCACAAGUCACCAGCCAAGAUGCGUCCUUGCUGGCCUCGGACUCAGAGCCCCUCAACUGUUUCUCUCGAACAUUCGAGGACCUCACUUGCUUCUGGGAGGAGGAGGAGGCAGCACCCAAUGGGACAUACCAGCUGCUCUAUGCCUACCCAGGGGAGGAGCCCCGUGUGUGCCCCCUGAGUUCCCAGAAUGUGCUCCCCUUUGGGACCCGAUACACGUGCCAGCUUCUGGCCCAGGAUGAAGUCCGCCUUUUCUUUCCAUUGCACCUAUGGGUGAAGAAUGCAUUUCUGAACCAGACUCUGACCCAGCGGGUGCUGUUUGUGGAUAGUGUGGGCCGGCCAGCUCCCCCCAGUAUCAUCAAGGCCAUGGGUGGGAGCCAGCCAGGGGAACUUCAGAUCAGCUGGGAGGCCCCAGCUCCUGAAAUCAGUGAUUUCUUGAGGCACGAACUGCGCUACAGCCCCAAGGAUCCCGGGAACUCCACGGGUCCCACAGUCAUGCAGCUGCUGUCCACAGAAACCUGCUGCCCAGCUCCACAGAGACCAAAGCCGGCUGCAGCCCUGGACCAGCCUCCCUGUGCUCCACACAUGAUGACCCCACAGGAAGGACCAGAGCUGACCUCCCCAACUAGAGAAGCUCCAUCUCUGACAAUGAAGGGUGGAAGCUGCCUCAUCUCGGGGCUCCAGCCUGGUAAUUCCUACUGGCUCCAGCUGCGCAGCCAACCUGAUGGGGUCUCUCUUCACGGCUCCUGGGGAUCCUGGUCCCUCCCUGUGACCGUGGACCUGCCUAGGGACGCAGUGGAAAUUGGACUUCAGUGCUUUACCUUGGACCUGAAGAAUGUUACUUGUCAAUGGCAGCAGCAAGAUCUGGCUGGCUCCCAAGGCUUCUUCUACCAUAGCAGGGCACACUGCUGCCCUGCUGACCGGGACCCCAUCUGGCAGAAGUGUGAAGAGGAGGAAAUAACAAAUGCAGGAUUACAGCCCUCCCAGUUCUCCAGCUGCUACUUCAAGUCGCAAAAUGACAGUGUUAUUCACACUCUGGUGGAGGUGACCACACUGCAGGGUGCUGUUCACAGCUACCUGGGCUCCCCUUUCUGGAUCCACCAGGCUGUGCGUAUCCCCACUCCCAACCUGCACUGGAAGGAGGUUUCCAGCGGGCAGCUAGCUUUGGAGUGGCAGCACCCUGCAUCCUGGGCAGCCCAAGAGACCUGCUACCAGCUUCGCUACACAGGAGAAAGCCAUCGUGACUGGAAGGUGCUGGAGCCGCCCCUCGGGGCCCAGGGAGAGACCCUGGAGCUGCGCCCGCGCUCCCGCUACCAUCUGCAGCUGCGCGCCAGGCUCCACGGCCCCACCUACCAAGGCCCCUGGAGCGCCUGGUCCGACCCAGUGCGGGUGGAGACCGCCUCCGAGACCGCCUGGAUCUCCCUGGUGACCGCUCUGCUGCUGGUGCUGGGCCUCAGCGCCCUCCUGGGCCUGCUGCUACUGAGGUGGCAGUUUCCUGCCUACUACAGGAGCCUGAGGCACGCCCUGUGGCCCUCACUUCCAGACCUGCACCGGGUCCUGGGCCAGUACCUUAGUGAUACUGCGGCAUUGAGUUCGCUCUCCCAGCCCAAGGCUGUCGUCUCAGAUGUCUAUGAGGAAGUGGAACCCAGUCUCCUGGAAAUUCUACCUAGGGCUCUGCAGGGCUCCCUUCCGAGGACCCCCUCCCCUCCGGACGCCCCCAUGGCGCAGUUCGUGUUCGAGAGUGACCUGCACUCGCUGCUUCAGCUGGACGCACCCAUCCCCAAUGCACCGCCCGCUCGCUGGCAGCGCAAAGCCAAGGAUGCGGCGGGGCCCGCCCCCUCCCCCAUGCGGGCUGCCAACCGAUCCCACAGCGCCGGCAGGACCCCGGGGCGAACUCCUGGUAAAUCCAGCUCUAAGAGUCAGACCACUCCCAGCAAGCCUGGCGGUGACCGCUAUAUCCCCCAUCGCAGUGCUUCCCAGAUGGAGGUGGCCAGCUUCCUCCUGAGCAAGGAGAACCAGCCAGAAAACAGCCAGACGCCCACCAAGAAGGAACAUCAGAAAGCCUGGGCUUUAAACUUGAACGGUUUCGAUGUGGAGGAAGCCAAGAUCCUUCGGCUCAGUGGGAAACCGCAGAAUGCCCCAGAGGGUUACCAGAACAGACUGAAAGUACUCUAUAGCCAAAAGGCCACUCCUGGCUCCAGCCGGAAGACCUGCCGUUACAUUCCUUCCCUGCCAGACCGCAUCCUGGAUGCCCCCGAAAUCCGGAAUGACUACUACCUAAAUCUUGUGGACUGGAGCUCUGGAAACGUCCUGGCCGUGGCGCUGGACAACAGUGUGUAUUUGUGGAGUGCUAGCUCGGGUGACAUCCUGCAGCUGCUCCAAAUGGAACAGCCUGGGGAGUAUGUAUCUUCUGUAGCCUGGAUCAAAGAAGGCAACUACCUGGCUGUGGGCACCAGCAGUGCUGAGGUGCAGCUGUGGGAUGUGCAACAGCAGAAACGGCUCCGCAACAUGACCAGUCAUUCUGCCCGAGUCGGCUCCCUAUGUUGGAAUAGCUAUAUCCUGUCCAGUGGCUCACGCUCUGGCCAUAUCCACCAUCAUGAUGUUCGUGUAGCAGAACACCACGUGGCCACACUGAGUGGCCACAGCCAGGAAGUAUGUGGACUGCGCUGGGCCCCAGAUGGACGACAUUUGGCCAGUGGUGGCAACGAUAACUUGGUCAAUGUGUGGCCCAGUGCUCCUGGAGAAGGUGGCUGGGUUCCCCUGCAGACAUUCACCCAGCAUCAGGGGGCAGUCAAGGCUGUAGCUUGGUGUCCCUGGCAGUCCAAUGUCCUCGCAACCGGAGGGGGCACCAGUGACCGACACAUUCGCAUCUGGAACGUCUGCUCUGGGGCCUGUCUGAGUGCUGUGGAUGCCCAUUCCCAGGUGUGCUCCAUCCUCUGGUCUCCCCACUACAAGGAGCUCAUCUCAGGCCAUGGCUUUGCCCAGAACCAGCUGGUUAUUUGGAAGUACCCAACCAUGGCCAAGGUGGCUGAGCUCAAAGGCCACACAGCCCGGGUCCUGAGUCUGACCAUGAGUCCAGAUGGGGCCACGGUGGCAUCAGCCGCAGCAGACGAGACCCUGCGGCUAUGGCGCUGCUUUGAGCUGGACCCUGCGCGCCGGCGGGAGAGGGAAAAGGCCAGUGCGGCCAAAAGCAGCCUCAUCCACCAAGGCAUCCGCUGAGGACCACCGCAACACCUUUAGUAUUUUUUGUUUUUUUAUUUUUCUAAUAAAGUCGCAUCUCC